AUGGAAGAAAUUGAAAAAUUCAAAAUCAUCUCGCUCGUGUCAAGACUCACGACCGAGAUGGCAAACCAUACUGGCGUCUCUGAUAAGGCGCUGGCAGAGUUUGUUCUUGAAAUCCACAAGUCUUGUAAAACUCUGGCUCAAUUCAAGGCCAAACUGCGCGAAGCUGGAGCAGAGCUACCAGACGACUUUAUCGACAAUAUUGAUCGAAUCAUUCGACAACUGCAUCCACACCCUACAAUCUUUACUGACAUUAAGGAUAAAUCAAAUGUAUUUAAAGGACUAUCUCUUCCAGAUUUUAAAGUCUCGCAUGAAGAAGACGUAGUAGACGAAGCGUUGAGCCAGCUCAAACCACGGCAAGAACGACACCGGCGAGACGCGUCGCCACAUGAACGACAACUAGAACGAGAACGACAUAGGCGUGAUUCAAGAGAAAGACACAGACGUGACUCAAGAGAACGAUCAAGUAGAGAUUCAAGGCGUGACUCAAGAGAGCGACACAGUAGAGACUCGCGUGAUCGGUCACGAAGAGACUCAAAAGAUCGAUCCCAACGUGAUUCAAGAAGAUCUCAACGACUGAGAAGAGGAUCCAGCGAAUCACCAGAACGACCACGGUCAUCUCGUCGUAGAUCACCGUCUCCAGAAACAGAUAUGGACGAUGAGCCUGUUAUCAACAAGGUUUAUAAUGGCCGUGUCAUCAACAUGACCAACUUUGGCGCGUUUGUUUCACUUGACGGCAUUCGUGGACGUCGAGAUGGCCUUGUACAUAUUUCAGCAAUACAUAAUGGUGCUCGACUGGAACACCCAUCAGAAGUACUUCAACGCGACCAACGGGUCAAAGUAAAAGUCAUCAAAAUUGAUGGCAACCGCAUCAGUUUAUCAAUGAAAGACGUGGACCAAGAAACAGGCCAGGAUCUUCAACCUAUACCCAGCUUUGCCACUGGAGCUAAUAGUUUUGGUCUUAGAGGAGAACCAGCCCCUGAACGUAUUAACCAGCCUAACCGAAGGAAACGAUUGACAUCUCCAGAACGCUGGGAAAUUAGACAACUCAUUGCUUCUGGAGCAUUGUCAGCAGCUGAUUACCCUGAACUUAAUGAAGACCUACAAGCAAUCAAUGAUCCGGAUGACUUGGAACCAGAAGAAGACGUUGAUAUUGAAGUUCGAGAAGAAGAACCCCCGUUUCUUGCAGGCCAAACAAAACAAAGCUUGGAGCUUAGUCCUAUCCGUGUAGUCAAGGCGCCUGAGGGAUCUCUCAACAGAGCAGCCAUGUCGGGAGCUUCUUUGGCUCGUGAGCGCCGCGAACAACGUCAACAACAAUCCAAGGAACAAGCCAAGAAGGGAGCAGACGAGUUGUCGAUGCAUGACCCACUUGCUUCAAAGACCAAUGAGAUUAUCAAUCAAAUCCCCGAAUGGCGCAAAAAAACAUCCAAGCAAGAAAUUUCAUACGGCAAGCGGACGAAUCUUUCAAUUGACGAGCAACGCAAGUCGUUGCCUGUAUACCAACUGCGCAAGCAACUGGUACAAGCAGUACGCGACAACCAGAUUAUGAUUAUUGUGGGCGAUACAGGUUCCGGUAAAACCACCCAAAUCACACAGUACCUUGCAGAAGAAGGAUUUACCAAAAGGGGCAUUGUGGGGUGUACGCAGCCGCGACGUGUAGCAGCAGUGUCAGUUGCAAAACGUGUUGCAGACGAAGUCGGGUGUAAGCUGGGAGCCGAGGUCGGGUACACGAUUCGAUUUGAAGACGUGACAUCUCCUCGGACUCGCAUCAAGUACAUGACAGACGGUAUGCUGCAGCGUGAGGCGUUACUAGACCCGGACAUGACGGCAUAUAGUGUAAUUAUGUUGGAUGAAGCGCACGAGCGUACAAUUGCGACGGAUGUGUUAUUUGCAUUGUUGAAGAAGGCAGCCAAACGGCGGCCGGAUUUGCGGUUAAUUAUUACUUCUGCGACUCUUGAUGCUGAAAAGUUUUCUGACUACUUUCUCAAGUGUCCGAUUUUGUACAUUCCAGGACGCACAUUCCCUGUGGAGAUUUUAUAUACCAAGGAUCCAGAGUAUGAUUAUUUGGAGGCGACGUUGAUGACGGUGAUUCAAAUCCACUUGUCGGAGCCGCAGGGCGAUAUUUUGGUAUUUUUAACAGGACAAGAGGAAAUCGACACAUCAUGCGAGGUUCUUUAUGAGCGGAUGAAGGCGUUAGGUCCUGAUGUUCCUGAGCUCAUUAUCUUACCAGUUUAUUCUGCACUUCCGAGUGAAAUGCAAAGUAAGAUUUUUGAUCCUGCUCCACCUGGGAGCCGUAAAGUGGUGAUUGCUACCAACAUUGCAGAAACGUCGAUUACUAUUGAUGGGAUUUACUAUGUGGUGGACCCAGGGUUUGUUAAGAUUAACGCGUAUGAUGCGAAACUCGGGAUGGACUCUUUGGUGAUUUCACCCAUUUCACAAGCACAAGCGAACCAGCGAGCAGGCCGAGCUGGACGUACGGGGCCAGGGAAGUGUUAUCGGCUUUAUACGGAGCAAGCGUUUAACAAUGAGAUGCUACCAAAUACGAUUCCGGAGAUUCAAAGACAAAAUCUGUCGCAUACGAUUUUGAUGCUCAAGGCAAUGGGGAUCAAUGAUUUAUUACAUUUCGACUUUAUGGACCCUCCACCGGCAAAUACUAUGUUGACGGCUUUGGAGGAACUACAUUCGUUACUUGCGUUAGAUGACGAGGGGUUGUUAACGCGGUUAGGUCGGAAAAUGGCUGAUUUCCCCAUGGAACCGUCAUUGGCCAAAGUUCUAAUUGCAAGUGUUGAUGCUGGAUGUUCGACAGAAAUGUUAACGAUUGUUGCAAUGUUAUCAGUACAAAACGUGUUUUAUCGGCCAAAGGAAAAGCAAGCUCAAGCAGACCAAAAGCGAGCCAAGUUUAAUGAUCCAACGGGGGACCAUUUGAUGUUAUUAAACGUGUACCAAGCAUGGGAGAGGCAGGGCCACUCGAGGACGUGGUGUGUAGACAAUUUUAUUCAGGAACGGUCGUUAAAGAGGGCACAAGAUGUGCGAAGGCAAUUGGUUUCUAUCAUGGAACGUUACAAGCACGCAAUUUUGUCAUGUGGACGGGACACGGACGCGAUCCGAAAGGUGUUGUGUUCUGGGUUUUUCCGGAACGCAGCACGCAAGGAUCCACAAGAAGGAUACAAGACAUUAAUUGAGGGGACUCCAGUAUAUUUGCAUCCGUCGAGUGCAUUGUUUAACAAGGCAGCAGAGUAUGUGAUUUAUCAUACACUUUUGUUGACUACCAAGGAGUACAUGCAUUGUGCAACAGCAAUCAAUCCGAAAUGGUUGGCGGAAGCAGCGCCUACGUUUUUCAAGGUUGCGGAUCCAACCAAACUAUCAAAGAGGAAACGUAAUGAACGGAUUCAGCCCUUGUUUGAUCGGUAUGCGACUGAUGCCAAUUCAUGGCGGUUGAGUGCUCAGCGGCGCAAUGCAAAGGGAGGAUCUACAACGUUUGGAUAG